UCUUUUUCUAUCCAGAAUUCUUCGCAAGCUUUCUCCGCAAAGUUUUCGCAGCCGCUUGAUGUUCUUCUUCCUUGGAUUCGGAAGAGGGAAUAGCUCAAGCAUCUUCCGCUAGUUGAUUUGAUUCUUUUUCUCUCGUCUUUUUCUCUUUUCGAUCCUUCUCGGUAUUUUUCGAAUCAAAGGCAGAAACCCUAGGGUUUCCAUUGAUUUUACGUUCCUUUUAGGUUUCCGAUGGCAAGUAGUAAUCGCCACCUGAGGAAAUCAAGAACUUCAUAUUUCCUUGUGAUCUGUGCCGCCUCCGUGUUUAUUUGAUCGCUGCAGGGUUUCUCCGACUGCGGCUCUCCUGAUUGCCGGGUGCCGGAGAUUUAGCAAGUGUUUUGGAUUUGGUUGCGCUUAGAGCGAGGAUGCCGUGCGUAAGGCCGGAUCCGUCGGACAAGGAUGCAGAGCCGUUUGUGGAGAUGGAUCCAACGGGAAGGUAUGGGAGAUAUGCAGAUCUCCUCGGUAUCGGCGCCACCAAGAAGGUUUACAGAGGGUUCGACCAGGAAGAGGGUAUUGAGGUAGCCUGGAACCAAGUGAGGCUGCAGAGCUUCAAAGAGGACUCGCAGAUGCUUAAGAGACUUUUCUCGGAGGUUCGUCUUCUCCGGUCUCUGCGUCACGAGAACAUUAUUGUGCUGUAUAACGUGUGGACCGACGACGAGACCAGCACCCUGAACUUUAUAACAGAGGUAUGCACCUCAGGUAAUCUGAGAGAAUACCGAAGAAAGCAUUGUCACGUCUCUCUGAAGGCCAUGAAAAAGUGGAGUCGCCAGAUCCUCGUUGGUCUGGAUUAUCUCCAUAAGCACGAUCCGUGCAUCAUUCACCGCGAUCUCAACUGCAGCAAUGUAUUCAUGAAUGGGAACACCGGCAAGGUGAAGAUCGGCGACCUGGGUCUUGCCGCCAUCGUUGGCCAGAGCCACUUAGCCCACUCGAUCCUCGGAACGCCGGAGUUCAUGGCGCCGGAGCUCUACGAGGAGGACUACACGGAGCAAGUAGAUAUUUACUCCUUCGGAAUGUGCGUCCUUGAGAUGAUGACGAAAGAAAUCCCCUACAGCGAGUGCGACUCUGUACCUAAAAUCUACCGCAAGGUCACCGCCGGCGUUCGUCCCGCCUCCCUCAGCAAGGUCCGUGACCCCGAAGUGCAGACAUUCAUUGAACGCUGCCUCGGCACUCCCCGCUCCCGCCCCUCCGCCGCCGAGCUUCUUAAUGAUCCCUUCUUCGCCGGCCUAGACGACGUCACCGCCGCCCUCCCGCUCCCGUGGCCGCCCUCACAUGUUCCAUCUGCUAACUCCAGUGACAAAGCUGUUGUGCAGAAGGUGAUAGAUCCUUCAACUUCUUCAGUUCCCGCCGGACCUCCAAGACGCCCACUCACUGCCGCGAUCAUACCUUGAGUACUCGCUCUCUUAUAGUUUGCUGAUUCUUUUAUGGUUAGAUAGGAAUCCUUAGGGGCUGUUUGAUAGCACCCAGGAUUUCAUUUAAGUAGGAUUUCGUAAAUCCUCUUAAUUUGGAUUUAGGAAAUUCUGAGGGGAUUUAAAUCCUGAAAAUUGUUUGGUACAUUCAUGAUAAAUUCUGUUAAAUCAUAUAUUCAUAUGUGACUGUUUGGCCAUUCUACUCGGGAUUUAAGGAGGUUGAAAAUUUUGAGUGGAGUUUCUUCUUUCCCGCUCCAAUAGAGGCAGAGGAUUUCGUAAAUCCGGGAAAAUGCAGGGUUUUGGAAAUUCGGGAUUUAGCAUGAAAAGGCGGAAUUUUUCGUCUAUAGUGGUUUUCAUUUGCAGUGAGAUUUGGUUUUGCAUUUUAGGCUGUUUGGUUGGAUUUAGCUCAAAUCCGGCCUAAAUUCUGCUACCAAACAGCCUCUUAGGAUGUGGAUCUCUUUGGUUUACCGUUGCUUGUUUUUUUAUUGAUAAAAAACCCCGAAUAUUUUCAGUGUCUCUCUUUUGACAUGCAUAUGUUUUCAUUUGA